AUGACUGGAAUAGGACAAAAAGGUUUUAAAAUAGCUCUGUUGAAAUUAUCCAAGGGGUUCAACAAGACGCAAAAUGUGAGAAUUGCCAUGAGUGAGAUACACAGAGCUAAGAAGAAUGGUGCACAACUAAUAGUACUGCCGGAAUGUUUUAAUUCACCCUACGGAACAGAUUAUUUUGAAGAUUACGCAGAGGAAGUACCAUCUGGUAGCACCUGUAGAGCGUUAGCCAGGACUGCUGCGGAAUCUAACGUUUGUGUUGUUGGCGGCACUGUGCCUGAAAAAUACGGGAACAAAGUUUACAAUACCUGCACUGUGUGGAGCAACCGCGGGAAACUGUUGGCUAUCCAUCGACAGAUGCAUUUCAUUGAAGUCGACACUCCAAACACACAAAAUUUAAAUAAGACAAACGUUCUUAGUACUGGUGAUGAAAUAACCACAUUCGAGUAUGAAGGAACAAAAAUCGGUAUUGGGAUUUCUCAUGAUUUGUUCUUCCCAGAAUUGGCCCACCUCAUGAGUAAGCAGGGUUGCUCUCUGUUGGUGUAUUUGGGGGCGUUUGGUAAAAUAAUGGGAGUUGAGCCCACCCAGGUGUUUGCUCGCUCCCGCGCUGGUGACGAGCAACUAUGGGUGGCGCUCGCGAGCUCGGCGGACGCGUGUUUGAUGCUCGUGGAUCCCCGGGCCACAGUCGUUGCACGAACAGAACGCCAGAUACUUAUUGCGGACAUCGAUUUAAAUUUAGUAGAAGAGGUUCGAAGGCAAAUAUCAAUUAGAGCUCAGAAGAUCGAUGGCUACACAGUUCACGUAAAAGCUUGCUGUAAAUUCCCGGUUUCAAGUUAAGUUGGUUAUAUAUCAUAGACACCUAGGUGUAGCGCUCCAUUGAGCUGAUUUGAGUUAUGAUGAUGUUUGUAAUUUCUGGACUGUCAAACCAGACUUGAAAAUAUUUGUUGUACAU